UGCGCGCGGCCUUCAGGAGAAGGAUGUGCUGCACGAGUGAUGAUGUGUGGGACAUAAUGGAGGAUAGGUAGCUCGCUGAGGGAACAGCUCAUCAACCUCUGACCGGUUUCCAGUCGUUGUCUCGGAGUCUCCGAACCUCUCUGAGUCGACAGCCGCUCGCUGCCGCCGUUCUGCCGCACCGAACGACGCCCUGGACCGCGACAAAAUGCCGAACAUCAAGAUAUUCAGCGGCAGCUCUCAUCCGGAUCUGUCUCAAAAGAUAGCAGACCGCUUGGGUCUCGAACUGGGGAAGGUGGUUACUAAAAAAUUUAGCAACCAAGAAACGUGUGUGGAGAUUGGAGAGAGCGUACGAGGAGAAGAUGUCUACAUCGUACAGAGCGGCUGUGGGGAGAUCAAUGACAAUCUGAUGGAGCUGCUGAUCAUGAUCAACGCCUGUAAGAUUGCCUCUGCUUCCAGGGUCACUGCUGUCAUCCCCUGCUUUCCUUAUGCCCGACAAGACAAGAAGGACAAGGUGGGGAGCCGCGCUCCCAUCUCUGCCAAGCUGGUGGCCAACAUGUUGUCUGUGUCAGGCGCGGAUCAUAUCAUCACCAUGGAUUUGCAUGCCUCACAGAUACAGGGCUUUUUCGAUAUUCCUGUUGAUAACUUGUAUGCAGAGCCAGCCGUGCUGAAAUGGAUUAAAGAGAACAUCCUGGAGUGGAAAAACUGUAUCAUUGUGUCACCUGAUGCAGGAGGAGCCAAAAGGGUCACCUCCAUCGCAGACAGGUUGAAUGUGGAUUUUGCUCUUAUUCACAAGGAAAGGAAAAAGGCAAAUGAGGUGGACCGCAUGGUUCUCGUGGGAGAUGUGACGGAUCGGGUCGCGAUUCUAGUGGACGACAUGGCCGACACAUGCGGGACAGUCUGCCACGCUGCUGACAAAUUAAUCUCUGCAGGCGCCACUAAAGUAUAUGCCAUCUUAACGCAUGGCAUCUUUUCUGGGCCUGCAAUUUCACGCAUCAACAAUGCCUGCUUCGAAGCCGUGGUGGUCACCAACACAAUCCCUCAGGAGGAGAAGAUGAAGCAUUGUUCCAAAAUACAAGUUAUAGACAUCUCCAUGAUCCUUGCGGAGGCCAUUCGCAGAACUCACAACGGGGAAUCUGUUUCUUAUCUGUUUAGCCACGUUCCUCUGUAACGCCACCGUCGCCAAAAAAAAAGAAGAGGGCACGCCCCAAUCUUUACCAUCAGCAAAUAUGAUCUACUAAUAACUGAUGGCGAAAAGAACUGUCAUGUCUGUUACUAACACCGCCCCCAUUUUCACUAAACCCUCCCCAUUAAAGAUGUCUCUAUGUGUUCGGCGCCAAAGCAAGCGAGCUACUACUUUUAGGCUGGCGUGUUCGUUAUGUUCAGAUAAAUAUGUACACAGUGAAUUGUCUUUCUUUUAAUGACAUGUAACUCGCAGCGUUUCUCCUGAUCAUUGUAAUCCCCCCACCCAAAAAAAGUCAUUUUGAUCUGUUGUCAGGUUCCAGUGCUCAGGAGAUGUAUCCAGUAUGUAAAGCUGUUCCAUGGCUUUUUGUUACAAUGAUUGUGUGUACUUUUUUAUGUUGCUCUGCUAUCUUCUGCUGAUGAAAAGGUCGCAGUUAAUGGACUGAAUGUGUAUUUGUCUAGUUUACGGUGCCGCUGAAGCUCCACUCAACCACGAGUGCCUCAAAAGUGUGAAAUGAAAGUAAGUUUUUUCUUUUAGUUUUCACCCCCGCCUGACAUCACUUGGUGACGAAACUCUUCUUUCAGGCUGUAAACGAUGUAUAUUUUAUUGUAUGUUUUCUUUCAACUCUUGAGGCGCCCUCAUUGAGUGGGGUAUGCCCGGUGUUUAAAAAUGUUUCCUUUAAGUCUACAAUGAGAAGAUGUCGGAGGAGGAGCUGUUUUUAGCUCGGGGUCUCUGCAGGCUGGAGCUUCCUUCAGAAAUGUUCACCUGCUUUUCUUGUCUUUUUUUAAUGUUUAAUAGAGUAAGGUUUUGUCGUCCAUGUGCAAAAUACAAGGGUUUUCUUUGUUUUUCGUUCACAGUAGAAAUGAAUGCACCAAAAAUUUGAAGAUGUGUUCUUAAUAAAUUUAAAUAUGCG